AUGUUGCAUGUGGCCUUGACAUUUUACAAGUAAAAUUUUUGUUUUAACUGUUACUCAUAUCUUAAAACGAGGGGGAUUCCUUUAAAUAAUUGUUUGGAUUUUACUUUUUUGUUUAUGUAAUAGUUCCUCUCGGCUUUGUUUUUUUUUUAAAAAUAUUUUUUAUGUUUUCAUAUUAAAUUUCUGGCAGAGAAAAAAAAAAUAUUCGAAUUCGAAAUUUCAUAUCAGGCGUGUAUAACAAACUCAAAAGUGUGUAGUUAUGUCAAUUAAAUUUAAUAAAGUUGUGUAUUUUGUGAGUCAUAUUUCGAAAUUUAUUUUCAUGGAAUAAAGGAGAAUUCAGGUUCAAUGAUUUUUAAAAGUUUUAUUAAGUGAAAGUAUAUUUAUUAAAAAAAAAAUAAAUAAAUAAUUACAAAAUGGAUCCGAAUGGAAAAUCAAGGCAGCCAAGAAAGCGUAAACCAAAGAAUCGAAAUAAACGUUUAGAUACAAAAUACAGUAGUUUUGCCCCGGUGGCUUUACUUCCAGUUCCCGAAUAUCCAUUACCAAAAGAAUUAUUAGAUUUACUUAAGCAAAAUCUUCGUCGUUAUCCAGGUAUUUCGGAUAAAGGUGAAAAAUGGUUAAAUUUUCUCGAUAUUGUACAACAUAUGAGAGAAGUGAAGGAGGAUGAUUAUUUGAUAAUUUUAAAAUUACUCCUCUAUCUUGAAGAAUAUUAUAAUAAUGUUUCAAUGCAACAAUAUAAUUUAUAUCGACGAAGAAUUAAACGUGCUCAAUAUACAUCGGGUUCAUUUGUUAUACGUGUACCUGGUCUCACUGAAGAUAGACCAUCAUUAUUACCAAACGAUAUUGUUGAAAUUACUUCAGUAAAUUCACCAAGAAAAUAUAGUUUAACUAUUAAUUUCGUUGGCGAUAAUUAUAUUGUUGCCAGGCCAGAGAACAAUUCUCUGUACAAUGCAUUUCAGGAAAAUGGCUUUUACAAUAUCAAAUUUAAAUGGCCAAAUUGGCCAGUUCGCGUUUGUCAUUAUGCAAUUAGUUUAGUUAAUGAUUAUAAAUUAACUCCAUUAUUGUAUCCAAAACCGCGACCAAUUUACAAUAAACCAAAAAAGGAUUUAAUAUGGUUCGAUAAAAAUAUCAAUAGUAAUCCAGAACAAAUGCAAGCUGUUGAGCGAAUUGUGGGAAAAACUGCAUAUCCAUCUCCUUAUUUAGUAUUUGGUCCACCGGGUACUGGGAAAACAUCAACAAUUGUUGAGGCAAUAUCGCAAAUUUUUGUUUCCAGUCAAAAUGAUAAAAUUUUAGUUUGUACACCAUCGAAUGCAGCAGCUGACGAAGUAACUAAACGUUUGAUAAACAAUGUUCCAAUAAAUUUGGUAUUUCGUAUGUUUAGUCCAUCUCGUGAUGCAAAAGACGUGGACGAGAGUAUCAAGGAUUGUACAAAUUUUAUUGAUGAUGAAGUGAUCUUUCUACCAAGAGAUUUGCUCAUUAGGAAAAGAGUUGUUAUCACAACACUUGUCACUUGUAUGAGACUUGUAUCAAUGAAAUUGUGGGAGAGUCAUUUUGAUUAUAUUUUCAUUGAUGAAGCCGGUCAAGCAACACAGCCGGAAUCUUUAAUUCCAAUUGGAUUAACAAGUGGCGAAGAUCUUGGACACGUUGGAAGAAUUCAUGCGCAAAUUAUUUUAUCUGGCGAUCCACAACAAUUGGGCCCGGUUAUUAUGACUAAAAUUGGACAACAUUUAUUGGGUAAAUCAAUGUUGGAAAGAUUUAUGGAUUCAUUUGAGAUUUAUAAAAAAUGUCAAGAGGGCAAAUAUGAUCCAAAUUUUCUAACAAAAUUAGUGCAAAAUUAUCGUAGUCAUGAGGCAAUUUUACGUAUUCCAAAUGAAUUGUUUUAUGACAGUGAACUUGAAAUUUGUGGCGGUGAAAAUAUUCAUCGCGCUGAAAAUUGGUCUGAAUUGCCAAAUAAACAAUUUCCAAUUAUAUUUCAUGCGACACAUGGUCUUGAAAAAAGACAUGAAAAUUCUCCCAGUGUAUGUAAUGAGACUGAGGUGCAAAUUGUAAUCGAUUAUGUGAAUAAAAUAUUGAAUAAAGAAAUGGGUAAUGGAAUAAUUAGACAAAAAGAUAUUGGAAUUGUCACUCCAUUUCGUCUUCAACGUUCAAUUAUUUUGCGUGCAUUUGAAAAAAAAGGAUGGGACGAUAUUGCCGUUGGUACUGUUGAAAUUUUUCAAGGUCAAGAGAAGGAUGUGAUAAUUCUCUCAUCGGUGAGAUCGACAGUUUUUCAAAAUGACGGUCGUUUUCACAUUGGUUUUCUUUCACACAAAAAGCGAUUUAAUGUUGCAAUAACGCGUGCAAAAUCAUUGUUAAUUGUCGUUGGUAAUCCAAUGGUUUUGCAAAUUGAUCAUUGUUGGAAAAGAUUCAUUGACUACUGUCAAAUAAAUAAUGCAAUUGUCGGUGAUGAAUUUCAUUUACGUGAAAUGGAUGAUAAGGAAUGUGCAAAAUUAUUAAAUAAUCGUGAUCCAAAGAAAUAUUGUGAAGUUAAAACGGAAAAAUUGCCAAUUGAUGAAAGUGAAAUAUUGGAAAAUCGAAUUCAUCAACUGCCGGAAAAUGAAAUACCACAGAGAAAAUUGCGAGUACCAGUUAUAAAAUCAAUGGAAAUUCAUAAUUCUUCAAUUAUAAUUAAUGGAACACACGAGGCUGAUUCAGGCACGUAUAGCAGUUCAAAUAGCGGUACAAUGGAUGAACAAUUGAGUGCAUCCAAUGAAUUUGUAGAGGAAAUUAACAAAAAUCCAACAAUUUGCACGGAUCCAAAUAAAAUUUCAUUGGAUUCAGAUUCAUCGUAUUAUGAUUUUUCAAGCGAUAAUGACGAUGAUAUUUUUCAUUUGUCGGAAACAGUUGAAAAACUCGAGAUAAAAAAUUAAUUAGAAAAAUAAUUUUAUAUUAAGAAUCGAUAAAUUUACGAAAUAAGUUUUUUUUUUUAUUUUUUUUAAUCAAGUUAAAAUUUCCAAUUUUACUUUUUUUAAAAGGAAAACUUUUUUAUAUGGCGUUUUUUUUUAAAAAAACUUUUCGAAUUGACAUUAAGUUUAUUUUUAUUAUUUCGAUUUUUUGGAUUAUUAACGAAUUAUUUUAAUAUUAAUAACGAAAUCUGCCUUCAUAAGAAAAAAAGAAAGAACUUUUGUGAUCUAUUUUUAAGAGAAAAAAAAAAGAAAUUAAUAUAAAAACAUUGAAAAUAAUUGAUACGAUUUAUUUUUUUAAAAAACAUUGACUUUUCUUUUUUUUUUUUUAAUAAUUUUCUAUUUUUGAAAUACAAUAUCGUAUUUUUAAUGUUUUUAUAUUAAAAUAUAGAAAUAAUUUUAAAAGACUACGAAUAUUUUUUUUUACCAGAAAUAAUAUUUAGAGUAUUUUUAUUUUGAAUAAGUCUGCAAAAAACCAAAACCUACGAAUUUUUACGAAAGUUGUUUAUAUAUAUAUAUAUUAAGAAAUAAUAUUUAUAACUUAAUUAUUGCUAUCGUUGUAGGAAAUAGUUUUACAAUUGUUAUUUUUUCUAUUACAUGUUAAGGAACUUUAAUUUAAAGUCCAACUGUGAUAGUAGUAAAUGAAGCAGGUUUUUUUUUACUUAUAAAGAAAAGUUAUAUAUACAUAAAAAAGAGAAAGUAAAUUAUUUUAUAAAUAAAGAAAAUUUUUAAUAGAAAAUG